AUGCCCUUGAUAGUCAGUCCGUCUAGCUGCCCAGCUGCGGCAUCUCGCUAUGCAUCGUACAGUACAUUAGGUUUCCGCUCUCUGCAAGCAUGCUCUCCUCCAAUCAUCCCAUGCGGGCAGCGUAUGCCACGUUGCACCCGGCCACGUCUGCGUUCGGCCCGCAUCCGGGGACCUGUUUCCACGUGCAUACGUAUCGGGCAUGCGGCCACUUGCAGCGCGCUGCUUUAUCGCAGUAAUGCACAUGUACGGGUGGAAGCGCAACGACGCCGCGCAACGACGCCGCGCAACGACGCCGCGCAACGACGCCGCCAUUCUUGCGCGGCGUCGCAUAUCGGUGCGGCGGUGCGUACGUACGUACGUACGUAG